CGUCGUCCGCAUCGCUUGUAUAUAAGUUGAAACACUGACCUAAUUGUUCAGUUUACUAUGUUUGUUCACUCUCGUGUUUAAAGUGAUCGGUGAUCAUUUUUUGGAUACAUGACCGGCACGAGUUGAUUUUGGAUUUUAUUUCUACAUUUCUAACUUAUAAUGAAGAUCAUAGUAUUAUUACUGUUGGCAGCAUGGACAGUUGACCAGUCAAACGCCGAAUACCCAAGAUACAAGUCAAGGGGGCCUCCUCCUCCACCAAGGCCUCCACCACCACCACAAUAUGUAAAAAAGUGGCAACAGUUUCCUCCUCAAAGAAACCCCAUAAGAUCCAGACCACCAAUCCCAGUGCACAUGCCUCCUAGUCAUAAAAUACCACUGGGUAUACAUCAGGGUAACAGGCCAGUGUCUGUGCCAGUGAGGAACUUCUGGAAGAACACCCAGACGCAGUUCAAGUUGCCACAAGAAAACUUAUACAUUCCUAAGCAAGAAAAGAUUGUUAACAAAAAGCCCGAGACAUUAUUCAUUCAAAAACCUCAGAUUCAGCAAAAGGAGAAACCGUUCCUGUCGUCUCCGACAAUAAACAACCACGAACACGACUUCCACAUCCAGACCAACAGCAUUCCAACUCACAUAAACACUAUUAAGCAAGUUGGGGAAAAGGGACCCAUCCAUACUAUUCCGGCUCCCAAACUUGGACCUCAGGACAAGCCUUCGGGAAUCGAUGACAUUCACAGCAACAUCCAGUACUCCGAAGUACACAGCAGUGCACAGUAUCCGGAAACAAUAGUGAGUGUGCAAAAGUCUCACUCUUAUGAAGUAACUGAGUCAAGUGAGCAGGCUAAGUACUACCCACAGAAGCAGCAACACGUGAGGGUGCAGUCUCAAAUCAGGGAGCAGGAGCCUUUGAAGUACUACCACCAACAACAGCCUCAAGUGGAACAACCACAAGACAACGUCAAUGCUUAUUACUCGGUGCAACCCCACACUUUGGCCCUACAAACGCAGUCAAUGUCAGCCUAUUCACACCCUAAGAGCCCUCAGCAGGAUUUCGUAAUCAAGGAGGAGACGCCCCAGUUGUCACAGAAGGAGUUGUUCCAACUGCUGCAGCAACAGUACCCCCAGGACCAAUUCGAGUCCUACAAGCUACCACAAACUCAAGACACUUUGUCACAAACACAGAACGUGUACCAGCACCAACUAGCUGGAGACAACUACCAGGCCCUCCUAGCCCAGCUGCCACAAGUGUACCAGCAGGACCCCUACAGGAACCUAGACGCCGGCGAGUCGGAAGCAAAGGAGGCCGAGGACAAGAUCAGCGUGCAACCCGAGUUCCACUCCUUCAACUACGAGGAGCAGAACUACGACAACAGGGCUGAGCAAAAGCAGGACUCGGCCUCGUUUGUGACCGCCAGCUACAACAUUGACACGGCCGCCGACUCGAGUGAGCCAGUCCAGGUGACUGUGGGCAAAAGCUCGGCGGAGGCGGUGGCCCAGGCCCAGUACAUUCAAAGCUACUUCCAGACCAACGACGAUGAUGCCGAGAACAACGUGGAACCCGACGCCAAGCCCAGCGAGGACGAAGACACCUCCGGUGAAGCGUCUUACUAUUCGACGUUGCCCAACAAGGAAACCGCCGACUCCUUGGCUAAGCUGCAAACUGCAGGCAAAAUUAACAGUCACUUGAUGAAGGUCUCCCCUCAGGAACUACUAAGGGGGAAGAACCCCAUGACUAUCUUCGUACCUGACGACAACGCGGACAGAAGUCCUGAAGCACACUCCAAUGAAAACGGUACUCCGGAGUCCAACGACUACGACGAGUACGUUCAGGAUGAUGUGGACAGCAGUAAACAGCAGGAGCAAGUGCACGUUUCGUUCGGUCACAGACUUAAACCAAAGAAUUCGAAAGUGUAGGAGGCAGAAACGUUUUCGUAUUUAAUCAUCAUUUAUUCUCAUUUAUUCAUAUCUAUUUAUUAUUCGAUCGUUAUUUAUUUCUCACCAAAAAUUAUUAUUUAAUUUUCCUUUGUUGUGUUUUUAG